UUAGAAUUUAUUUGUGAUAAACGUAUUAUUUGUAACUUAGUGAAGUGCUUGAGUGAUGUAUAAAAUAGUGCAAGUAGCCGGUGCUCCUAGAUCUUGUUUUCUUAUAUCCGGCGUCAGGCAUCUAUACGCACAAAGCCACAUUGUCGUUACCGAAUCAAAUCCAUAUAUUGCUGGUGGUGGUGGUGUUAAUUUAAGACAAGAACAGACGAUUCCAUCAGAACUUUUUUACCAAAAAGUAGGGAACCUUUAUGCCGUUAAUAACAACAAAACCAACAUUCUUCAGAGAAGCGGACAACCACAACAUGAGACCUUCUGUCGGCGCUAUGCAACAUUGGCUAACAAAAUGAAGAAAGAGAAACAAAAGAACUCACCUGCUGUGGCUGGUAAGAAAGAAUUAGAGCCAUUGCCAAGCUAUAUUGAGGAACGUAAUGCUCUUUGGGAAAAGUUAAAGGCAGAACGUGAGGCCGAAUUAGCAGCCAAGCCACGCACACCAAUAAAAGUAACACUCCCUGAUGGCAAACAAGUAGACGCCACCUCAUGGGAAACCACACCUUAUGAUGUUGCGAAGGGCAUCAGCCAGGGCUUGGCUGACAAUACAGUUGUAGCGAAAGUUAAUGGCGAAGUUUGGGACUUAGAUCGUGUACUUGAAGAGGAUUGUAAUUUACAGCUUCUGAAAUUCGAUGAUCCUGAAGGACAAGCCGUGUUUUGGCAUAGUUCAGCGCAUAUAAUGGGCGAAGCUAUGGAACGUAUUUAUGGUGGACAUUUGUGCUAUGGACCGCCUAUUGAUAAUGGCUUUUAUUAUGAUAUGCAUUUAGAGGGAGAAGGUAUUUCUACCAACGAUUUUCCUUGCAUAGAAGGUCUAGUAAAGAAAAUCGUGAAAGAAAAACAACCAUUCGAGCGUUUAGAGAUGAAAAAAGCUGACUUAUUAGAAAUGUUCAAGUACAAUGAAUUCAAAGUUCGCAUUUUGAAUGAAAAGGUUAAUACUGACUCCACAACUGUGUAUAAGUGUGGUUCACUUAUUGAUCUCUGCCGUGGUCCACAUGUACGACACACCGGCAAAGUUAAAGCAGUGAAAAUUACGAAAAACUCAUCUACCUAUUGGGAAGGCAAAGCUGACGCUGAAACUUUACAACGAGUUUAUGGUAUUUCAUUCCCCGAUCCCAAACAGUUGAAGGAAUGGGAAAAGAUACAAGAGGAAGCAGCAAAACGUGAUCAUCGCAAAAUUGGACGCGAACAAGAAUUGUUCUUCUUCCAUGAGUUGUCGCCAGGCUCGUGCUUCUUUCAACCUCGUGGCGCACACAUAUACAACACUUUAAUGAAUUUCAUGAAAGCAGAGUAUAGAAAGCGCGGUUUCCAGGAAGUCAUUUCACCGAAUAUAUAUAACUCAAAGCUAUGGAUGACUUCCGGUCAUUGGCAGCAUUAUGCCGAAAAUAUGUUCUCAUUUGAAGUAGAGAAAGAAAACUUUGCAUUGAAACCCAUGAAUUGUCCGGGUCAUUGCCUCAUUUUCGACAACCGCAACCGUUCGUGGCGAGAGUUGCCCCUUCGUAUGGCGGAUUUUGGCGUAUUGCAUCGUAAUGAACUCUCUGGUGCGCUAACUGGUCUCACACGUGUACGUCGUUUCCAACAAGAUGAUGCGCAUAUCUUCUGCGCACCGGAACAGAUUAAGAACGAGAUGAAGGGUUGUCUCGAUUUCAUACAUCAUGUUUACACCGUAUUCGGAUUCACUUUUAAUCUUGUGCUUUCUACACGUCCUGAAAAAUAUCUUGGUGAAUUAGAGCAAUGGAAUACCGCGGAGAAAGCACUUGCCGAAUCACUCGAUGAAUUUGGUCAACCAUGGAAAGAGAAUCCCGGUGAUGGCGCUUUCUAUGGGCCCAAAAUUGAUAUUACCAUUAUGGAUGCGCUUAAACGUGCACAUCAAUGUGCUACUAUCCAAUUGGAUUUCCAAUUGCCAGUGCGAUUUAAUUUGAACUACAUUGCUGACGAUGGCGAAAAGAAACGACCAGUCAUCAUACAUCGUGCUAUACUCGGUUCAGUGGAGCGUAUGAUUGCAAUUCUCACAGAAAAUUACGCUGGCAAAUGGCCAUUCUGGUUGUCACCACGACAAGUAAUGGUUGUUCCUGUUGGUCCACAAUUCGAUGAAUACGCACAAACGGUACGUGAUGAAUUGCACGCAGCUGGCUUUAUGGCAGAAGUAGAUACAGAUCAUGGUGAUACCUUGAAUAAGAAGAUACGUAAUGCUCAAUUGGCUCAGUUCAAUUUUAUUUUGGUCGUUGGUGAAAAGGAACGCUCGUCAAAUACCGUUAACGUGCGUACACGUGACAACAAGGUACAUGGCGAAGUCUCAGUAGACGAUUUGAAAACCAAGUUGAAUAAGAUACGUGACGAGUUUAUUACAAAUGAAGAUAGCUUCUAAAUAUGGCGAAAAUAAACGACAAGAUAUUCCACGGAGAGUUGGUUAACAAUUGAGGUUUAAUAAUUUAUUUUCCUUCUACUUAAAACGGUAAUGCAAAUAAAAUACAAAAUUGCUUCGGAAGUAAUUAUAGAACAUACAUUUGUCUAUUUUUUUCCAUUAUGCCUAAGAGGUAUAAUGUUAUGAAGAUAUGUAUAAUGGAUUUUUGUGAAAACAAACUCUGUAUUCAAUAAAAUAUUCUCCUCAAA